UCACAUUUAGAGUCAUCUGAUCUUGCAAGGGUUGGCACAGCACAGCUAAUAAUUGAAGAGAAUUGAGAAACUAAAAUGGAUUUUAAAAGGGUGCUUUAUUUUUGUGCACUGGAUUUGAAGCAGAUUAAAUAAUCUGGGAUAUGCUACCAGGUCACGAUUUGUAUGUUACAGCUGUCCAGUUUGAUUUGACAGUCACUCUUUGCAUGACCAAGUAAGAGGCAGUGAAAACCUCUGAGAGUUAUAGAUGGACAGUGGAAACAGGAGUGCAAUAAAACUGACUGCAGUGAUAUUGAAUGCUGAUGGAGUGAUUCAAUAGAUCAAACAGCUGAGCUCCUCUGCAAGAUACAGUUAUUUUCUAAAAUAAAGCCACAAAAGAAGCUGGAUUAGCACAUACCCUUGACUCCCACUUCAACUUUAUAAUACAUGUACAUUACCGUUCCACUUAACAAACUUGGACUAAACCUUCUACAAGAGAACAAGCAAACAACCAUGAAAGGCUACUUGCUUUUGAUUUUGAAUGUUAUCCUAUUAAUAUAUGAGGUUCGUGGAUGUCCUGAAAAGUGCCUAUGCCAUCCACCUUCGAAGACAGUAGACUGCAAGAAUCAAGGACUUGUUGACAUUCCCUCCCAUUUACCUUCUGAAACUCAAAUCUUACUGUUGCAGAAUAACCACAUUUGGAGAAUCAAUCAAAGUGCAUUCACUGGAGCACCUUGGCUCAAAAUUUUAGAGCUGUCUAAUAAUUCAAUAACAAGUUUGGCAUCAGGUGCUUUCCAAGGGCUACGAUACCUACAAGUUCUAAACCUAACCAAGAACUUGAUUCAUUAUGUAGAAAACAAGACUUUCAGUUCCCUCCCACAGCUGAAAGAACUGGAUUUAUCUUCCAACAAGAUAUUAAGUCUGCCUGAAACUUUGGGGAAAAAUACCGGAAAUAUAACGUUAUUGUCUGUGAAACAUAACAAGCUUCAGAAAAUGGAAAGAGUUCUUCUGGAGUCACUUCCAAACCUGAAAGUUGUUCUUUUCAAAGAUAAUCCAUGGCAAUGUAAUUGCAAUGCCUUUGGCCUUAAACUGUGGCUGGAGAGCUUUUUAUACAGAGGAGGAAUAAGCGAUGGCAUUAUCUGUUCCACACCUGAGAAUCGGAAAGGAAAGGACCUCCUCAAAGUCCCUUAUGAGAUCUAUGGAGUAUGUCCUCCUACAGCUGCUCAUGUUAACCUGGCUAGUUUUCACCACCAUACCUCUGAGCACAGAAAUUCACUGAAGCAUGCUCAUCACAAUGAACACGGAGACAGUAGCCAUUCAGACUGUGAACCUAAACCAAAAUCAAGGCCAGUUAAUUUGCGUCAUGCGAUCGCCACUGUAGUAAUAACUGGAGUUGUCUGUGGAAUUGUGUGUCUAAUGAUGUUGGCAGCUGCUGUCUAUGGUUGUGCCUAUGCUGCAAUUACUGCUAAAUACCACAAAGAACGCUUGGCCCCAGCAAUAGAACAGGGGAGUCCUGAGGAAAAAGAGCCAUUUGAUAGCUCGGCUUGAGUGAGUUUUGUUUUUGGUUUAUCUAAAAUAAGAACUCCCCGUUUAGUGCAAAGCCUAGUGUCUAAGUAGGAUUGAUUUACUCAUUACUACUGUAUUUUUCUUUUUCACAUUAAAAAGUUUCUGUGAAAAUA